AAUAUGUUUAAAUAGAAAUAAAAUGGUUAAUCUGAAGUUCAAAGAAGCCCUCAAAGAUAUCACAAAAUACCUCAAAGACACUCAGAAGAAAGGAAAAGAGAGAAGCCAUAAUCCCAGCAACAAGAGUACUGAAAUAUGCAGGCCUUGGGAGGAGAAAUUUGAGCAGAUUUAGAGCCAAAUCCAACAUGAGGGCUAGGUCUAAUAUGAACCAAAGGUCUAAACCCAGACGUUCAUCAAAUUACAUCAUUAGCAACUUUGACAAGUUUAUCUUAAGCGAUGUAACUUUUGAUGAGAAAGAAUGGAGAGCCAAAAGGAAACAGUCAAAAUAGCCCUCUCAAAAUUCUCAAUGUAAAUAAGGAAUGCAAGCACAUAACUAGGCUUGAAAAACUAGAUAAACAGAAAGCGAAAUUUUAAGAAAGUUAUGAAUAAAAGAAAUGAUGAGAACUUGAAUAAAUUACUCUCCCACGUUUUAACUCCAGCUUCUCCAGUGAAUCCAGUUAUAAUGUCGGAUUCCAGGCAAGAAAUAAGUUCUAGCCACAUCAAACCAGUACAAAAAUACAUAAAUCAUCCAUUUAAAACAAGGUAUAACUCCCGGAGAAGAAGGAGAAAUUUGCUUAAUCACAGUCACCUCUCUGUGGCAAAUGUUCAUCUUCGUGAAAAUUUUGAAAAAAUUAUGCAAAAUCAACAGAAAUUUGAAGACUACCUGAAAUAACUCAGAGAACCGGAUAAGGAAACCAUUCAGGAGACAGUACAAAAUCGUUGAUAUUGAUCAGAAAAUACCACUCAAGAAAAUAAUCUGUAAUCGAGAGGAUUCAGUUCUGAAGCUAAACCAAGAUCGGUAGGUGCAAACCCAGAAGCAUUGUAAAGCCACCCAUUUCCCUC